GUGGUGAAGGUGGCGGGCAGCAACAUCUCGCACAAGCUGCGCCUCUCGCGGGUCAAGCCGGCCGACGAAGGGACCUACGAGUGCCGCGUGAUCGACUUCAGCGACCGGCAGGCGCGGCACCACAAGGCCAAGGCGUACCUGCGGGUGGAAGCCGAGGACAACACGCAGCUGCUGCUCCUGGCCGCCGGGCAGAGCCCCGAGCGCGGCAGGCCGGCCGCCCCCCGCCCGCCCCACCCGCCCCGCCUGGCCAAGGAGCUGAAGAAGCGCUCGCUGGACGAAGCCCCCGCCUGCGCCCGCUAGAGACCCCGCACCCGCCCGCCC